AGGAUUCAUGAAUGUAACAAAAGAUUGAAACAACCUCUUAACAACAAACACAACUUGUUUCCUUCUACAAUAACAACAUGAAAAUUUCAACAUUUUCAUCUCAAUUAAAAUGGACCCCUAAUGACUUUGCAUUAUACCUACAAAAAUGCUUAAAAUCAAAAGCCUUAAAACCAGGCAAACAAAUCCAUGCAAUGUUACUCACAACUGGAACAAACACAAACAUCUUAUCCUUAAGUUCCAAACUUGUUGGAAUGUAUUCUAGUUGCACAGACCUAAAAUCAGCAACCCUUUUGUUUCAUAACAUUCACAAACCAAAUGUUUUUGCAUUUAAUUGGAUGAUUUUAGGUAUGGUAUAUAAUGGUUACUUUGAUAAUGCAUUGUUUUAUUUUCGAUUAAUGCGCGAUAUUGGUCUUAUUGGUAAUAAGUUUACAUUUGGGAUUGUGAUUAAGACAUGUGUUGGUUUAAUGGAUAUGAAGAAAGGGAAACAGGUUCAUGGGAUGAUUUGUGAAAUGGGUUUGAUGAAUGAUGUUUUGAUUGGGAAUGGUUUGAUUGAUAUGUACGGGAAAUGUGGAAGUGUUGAUUAUGCUUGUAGGGUGUUUGAUGGAAUGUCUGAGAGAGAUGUUGCGUCGUGGACAUCGAUGAUUUGUGGGUUUUGUAAUACGGGGAGGAUUGAAGAAGCGUUGGUGUUGUUUGAGAGGAUGAAGAUGGAAGGAUAUGAGCCGAAUGAUUUUACGUGGAAUGCUAUCAUUGCUACAUAUGCUCGUUUGGGAGAUAGCAAGAAAGCUUUUGGUUUUAUGGAGAGAAUGCAAAAAGAGGGGUUUAUUCCUGAUGUGGUUGCAUGGAAUGCAUUGAUUUCUGGAUUUGCACAAAAUCAUCAGUUUAGGGAAACAUUUACGGUGUUUCGGGAGAUGCUAGUUUCGGGGAUUUGUCCUAAUCAAGUAACUAUUGCAGCACUGCUUCCUGCAUGUGGAUCAGUAGGUUCUGUUAAAUGGGGAAGAGAAGUUCAUGGAUUUAUAUGCCGGAAGGGAUUUGAUGCGAAUGUUUUCAUUGCCAGUGCUCUUAUUGACAUGUAUUCCAAGUGUGGGAGUUUAAAGGAUGCUCGAAAUGUAUUCGACAAGAUUCAAUGUAAGAACGUUGCUUCAUGGAAUGCAAUGAUUGAUUGCUUCGGGAAGUGUGGCAUGGUUGAUUCCGCCUUGGAGCUGUUUACAAAAAUGAAGGAAGAAGGAUUGCAGCCAAAUGAAGUUACUUUUGCAUGUAUUCUUUCAGCAUGCAGCCAUAGUGGUUCAGUGGAAAAAGGUUUAGAGAUCUUCACAUUAAUGAAAGAAUGUUAUGGGGUUGAGAUAUGUAAGGAGCAUUAUGCUUGUAUUGUUGAUCUCUUAUGUCGGUCAGGAAAGAUAGUAGAAGCGUAUGAGUUUAUAAAGGCCAUGCCAAUACAAGUCACAGAGUCAAUUGCUGGAGCUUUUCUAAACGGGUGCAAAAUCCAUGGAAGAAAAGAUCUGGCUAAAAAGAUGGCUGAGGAAAUAAUGAGAAUGCAGUUAAAUGGAUCCGGUAGCUUUGUUACACUAUCGAAUAUUUAUGCCGCAGAAGGUGAUUGGGAAGAGGCUGGGAAUGUGAGGAAGGUGAUGAAGGAGAGAAAUGUCAAUAAGUGGCCUGGUUCUAGUUGGCUUGAAAAGCCAUGUGAGAUUCUUGAAGGGAAGGAAGAGAAAGAGGUAGCUGUUGGGUUGGAUAUAUGACACUAUAUAAUGUGGGGCUGAAUCUUUUACCAAAGGAAAGGAAUAGAGAUUGGAUUAGAGCUCUAAUGAAUAGCAGCUCUGGUUAAUGUGAUGAUUAUCAUGAUCUUUGAUCUAAUGAUGAGAGUAUUUCGGUGUAGAAUGUGUCGCCGUAAGGAAGCUCAUUCCCGUCAUAGAAGCUUUAAGAUAUACAAAUAUUCCUAUCAGGAUGUAUUCCGCAAUUCCGAGCUGCAGAAGCAUUUUGACUGCUAAAAAAUUCAGGUCAUUUGCUCUCUUCUUUGAAGGACAUAUCAAGUAUUUGAAGCAUCCCAGUGAGACAAGUUUAUGUGGAAUUUCACCUGUGAAGUUGUUUAUCCGCAGUCCACAGCCCAAAUGUCUCUAAAUCUAGCAAAUCUGCAAUGCAAUUAUCUUUUGAUUUCCACCAUUGAUGUUUGUAUUAGGAUUUUUUUUAUGUCACAGCCUCACAGGUUUUAAAUUUUGCAGAAAGAAAGCACUCUUUAGUCUUUACUGUAUUUACUCAUUCACUAUAGCAAAGAUCCAGAGAUUGUGUACACAUUAUUUGACAUUUGACAUAUGGGUUACUAAUGACAUAUUUGACAU